UUGCUAUUCGAAUUUUUCGUUCAAUUCUGUUACUAUUGCGGAUAAUUAAUUUUUUAUUAUAUUGUGAAUAUUGCGAAAUUCUGCAGGUGGCUUUGGAGGAUCCGAAAAGGUUCCGGAUGGAGAUGACCUUCAGCCGUGGUACUGAUUUAUUUCCGCUAGAGAUGAACGGCAGUGAGGCUGCUUCGUUACACCAGGAGCACACGCUUCAGAUAAUGGGUCCAGAAACGCUGCAAGAAGUAGGAUCAUAUCUGACGCUGGAGAAGAUGGAGAAGCUGAUACGCUCAUUCGCGAUGCCAGCAGAGGAUUUCCCUCCACAGUCAACCCCUCAGGGAUUCUCAGGUUACUUCUCCAAGAGCGCUGCUGUUCUUGAGCGAUUGGUAAAUCUCUGGCCUUUCAAUAAGCACGGCCAUGCCAAUGGAGGCAAGAAGGAGAGACCCACAUAGAGCCCAAUAGCUUUUUCUCUUCGUUCAAUUUCAUUUGAGAUUUUUUUUAUGUAAGUAGGAAUAAAUCUACGUCCACAGAGUUGAGCCCUUUCGGAAGAAAUUUUGGCAUCACUCGCUUAACGACAUACGAAUUCGAUUUCUUAUUGUUUC